GCUGCGGCUCUACCCCCCCGACAACGCACCUCUUGCUUUUUCCUCCAAAGUAUGUUAUGUUAAGUUUCGUGACCCAUCAAGUGUUGGUGUGGCCCAGCAUCUAACUAACACGGUUUUUAUUGACAGAGCUCUGAUAGUUGUUCCCUGUGCAGAAGGUAAAAUCCCAGAGGAAUCCAAAGCCCUCUCUUUAUUGCCUCCUGCUCCAACUAUGACAAGUCUGAUGCCUGGUGCAGGAUUGUUGCCCAUACCUACCCCAAAUCCCUUGACUACACUUGGUGUUUCACUUAGCAGUUUGGGAGCUAUACCAGCAGCAGCACUAGACCCCAACAUUACAACACUUGGAGAGAUACCACAGCCACCACUUAUGGGAAAUGUGGAUCCUUCCAAGAUUGAUGAAAUUAGGAGAACUGUCUAUGUUGGAAAUUUGAAUUCCCAGACAACGACAGCUGAUCAACUACUUGAAUUUUUUAAACAAGUUGGAGAAGUGAAGUUUGUGCGGAUGGCAGGUGAUGAGACUCAGCCAACUCGGUUUGCUUUUGUGGAAUUUGCAGACCAAAAUUCUGUACCAAGGGCCCUUGCUUUUAAUGGAGUUAUGUUUGGAGACAGGCCAUUGAAAAUAAAUCACUCCAACAAUGCAAUAGUAAAACCCCCUGAGAUGACACCUCAGGCUGCAGCUAAGGAGUUAGAAGAAGUAAUGAAGCGGGUACGAGAGGCUCAGUCAUUUAUCUCGGCAGCCAUUGAACCAGAGUCUGGAAAGAGCAAUGAAAGAAAAGGCGGUCGAUCUCGUUCCCACACUCGCUCAAAAUCCAGGUCUAGCUCAAAAUCUCAUUCUAGAAGGAAAAGAUCACAGUCAAAACACAGGAGUAGAUCCCAUAAUAGAUCACGUUCGAGACAGAAAGAUAGGCGUAGAUCUAAGAGUCCACAUAAAAAACGCUCUAAGUCAAGGGAGAGACGGAAGUCAAGGAGUCGUUCACGUUCACGGGACAAGAGAAAAGAUACCCGAGAAAAGAUCAAGGAAAAGGAAAGAGGAAAAGAAAAAGAUAGAGAAAAGGAAAGGGAAAAAGAGAAAGAAAGGGAAAAAGAACGUGAAAAAGAAAAAGAACGGGGUAAAAACAAAGAUAAAGAUCGGGACAAAGAACGAGAAAAGGACCGGGAAAAAGACAAAGAUAAGGACAGAGAGAGAGAUCGAGACAAAGAGCAUGAAAACAAAGAGAAGGAAAAGGAACAGGACAAAGAAAAGGAACGAGAAAAGGACAGAUCCAAAGAGGUAGAUGAAAAAAGAAAGAAGGAUAAAAAAUCCAGAACACCACCCAGAAGUUAUAAUGCAUCAAGAAGAUCUCGUAGUUCCAGCAGGGAAAGGCGUAGAAGGAGAAGCAGGAGUUCUUCCAGAUCUCCAAGAACAUCAAAAACUAUAAAAAGGAAAUCUUCUAGAUCUCCAUCUCCUAGGAGCAGAAAUAAGAAAGAUAAAAAGAGAGAAAAAGAAAGGGAUCACAUCAGUGAAAGAAGAGAGAGAGAACGUUCAACUUCUACAAGAAAGAAUUCUAAUGACAAAGACGGGAAGGAAAAGUUGGAGAAGAAUAGUACUUCACUUAAAGAGAAGGAGCACAAUAAAGAAUCAGAUUCAAAUGUUGGAAAAGAAGUAGAUGACAAGGAUGCACCAAGGACUGAGGAAAACAAAGUACAGCAAAAUGGAAAUUGCCAGCCAAAUGAAGAAAACCUUUCUACCAAAACAGAAGCAGUAUAGGACUGACAAACACCUCAACACUCAACGCUGGAAUAAAGUCCAAAGCUUUUAAUUUUCUCAACAAGAUGUAAACAGGGAAAAAACCUAGUUGAGCAUAAGGAUAGGAACUAACAGCUUUUCCAGUUGUUAGGUGACUUUCUGGCCAUCUUGUUAUAGAGUAAGAAAAUGAAGCAUGGACCUCAUGAAAAGAACAGAUGUUACCAAGCUCCUCAUCUUCUGAAAUCUGCGCAUUUCCAUGGUGGCUGGCACACUUGUCAUGUGGUUUGUUAGUGUUUGCCAAGAACCAUUGCAAAUAGAUUGAACAUCAAAGAUCCAAAUUUGUACUAUCCUUAUAGACUGGAGAUAAGGAUUGGAGGGUCUUUAAGAAAAUACUAGUUACUGAAUUUUGUAUUGUUUUACUUUUUUUUUUAAAUUUCACUAUAUACAGUUUGAUGAUGUGCUUGAAAUUGGUGCAAAUAUAUACACACUCUUGUAAGUGCAAAGUAUGUAAGAAGUUUUAACAUUUACUUCACAGGAUUUACAGUGAUUGUGUUAAAUUCCCACUAUUGUGUUUUCUUUUGCUCACUAAAUUUAGGACAGCAUUUUUUCUUUAAAAUAGUUUCACAGAUUAAAAUUACUUAAAUAAGUGGAUUAAAAAAACAACUGACAAUGCAUGCUACUAUUCUUGUUCAAAAGGAAGAGCAGCUGUGUUGAAUACUAAUAGUAUAUUAGUAUUCAGUGUUUAGAAUCAUUGGGUCUACCUACAAAGUGAGCAUUUCUUUUGAACUUUCUUGACAUUUCCAAGCUCAUAUAUUAUGAAUAAUAUUGCAGUGUGUCUUGUUAACUGUAGGUGGCAAAGGUGCCCUAUAAAUAAGAAACUGGGUUUUCAAAAUGGGCUAUGGGAGCACAAGCUGAAGCUUUAGUGCCUUCUACAAUGUGGUAUACUGUUUUCUAGAAUUUUGUAUGUGCUAGUCAUUCUCAAUCAUAUGGAAUCUAGAUGGAUAUUCCAUUCAUAUCCAUAUAGAAGUGUGCAAGUGAUAUGUCAGAAGAGCUUCUUACUUAGUUCACCUAAUAUGAGAAGGACGUCUUUUUACCAAGAAUGACUUCAGAGUUUAAAAUAAAAAUGCAGUUUCGGGACCAUCAGUUUUAUACUGUGAUAAUUGAAAAUGAAACAGGUUAUCAUUUUCUUUAAAUCAGAAGAAACCCUUUAGUCGUUUAUAUUGGAUGGCCUUAAUUAUUACCUCCCAAUCAUCUUUUCUUAAAUGAUGUGUAGAAAUUAUAUUUAAAGGAGGACUAGGAAUAUAUGGGAGUUGUAAGAUAUGUUCCUGGAGUUUAAGAGAGAGGUCAUCCGUCAGUCUUAGGCUUGCUUUUUGCAGAAAGUAUGUAAGUAGUAAAAUGACCACAUUGCUAAUGUUUCUCCCCAAAACUGUACCUCAGAGUUGCUGAAUUCUUUUCAUUGUUGUUCUGGUUCCAAACAAGUAAUGCUUUUUAAUUAGCAUGUUACUAAAAAAUCAAGUAAAUUAUUUUAAUACGAUCUAAUACAAUCAAAUUACUCAGUUGCCUUACCUCAUGGGAAGAAUUUAUAGAUUUACAAAGCUGAGUGGCCCUUUAGUAAACUGGUUUCAACUUGAGUUUUCUUUUAAUGUUAAUACUAUUUAAAUUUUAUUUGGUAGAGAAUGGGAAGAGUUGCCCCUACUUCAAGUAAUGAAGCCUGGUUUGAUUAUGAAGCUGCUUAAUCACUCUUCAUGUGUUCAGAAUUACUGUUUUUUUUUUUUUCCUUCUUUUUGUCACUGUGUACAUUAAAAUUUUGGAAAAUGCUUUACUAUGUAAAGUAUAGAUGGUCAUUUUAAUCAUUCAACCACAUACAGUUGGCUGGUAAACAGCUUAUUUUGAUAAAUGAAUGCUUGGGUGCAUAUGGAAAGAUUGUGAAAGUGUGUGUGUCUUGCAUCAACAUCUGUCUUAUUUAUGAUAUGUAAGUAGAAUAGAGCAAAUGUUGUUUGAAUCUUUGUUAUUUUUAGUACCAUUUCUCUAAUAAAGCUAAAUAUUUUAGAGGAAAGUAUUUGUUUAUGCCUUUCAAAAAAGCAUCUUAUAGUUUUAUCCUGCUCUUGUUUUAGUUGGCAUAGAGACUGUUUUGACAUGGAGAAUGUGUGUUUGUGUGUUGUCUUUAAAACAAUCACUUAAAGUUUGAGUGUUUUCUUGUACUCUGGACUCUUAUUAAAAGUUUUUUUUUAAUGUUGGUAAUAUUUCUCUUGGUUAUAUAUUCAGUUUUAAAAUAAUCAUACUUAUUUUGAGAGAUACUUUAUUUGUAAAAACUAGGAAUGAGUAGAAUACAAGAGAUCCAGAGAAAGUAAAAUUAUAUUAUUUAGGAUUUGAUGUUUUAUAUGGGCUUAUAGAAGCAAUGCUUUCUAGGGUCUGGUGAGUGUGUGUGUGUGUGUGUGUGUAUGUAUGUGGGAAAGAGAGAAAACAUUUUUCUUUACUUACAAGAGCAGUUAUCUUCUAAUUAUUUUUAAGAUUCUUUUUUUUUUCUUUUUUUUUUUUAAUCUCAGGUAGAUAUUGUCAGGAAAACUUGAGGUAAGGCCAAGAAGACAGUCAUUUUAUACUUGAUAGGUUCUGUGAUUAUCUUUUUUAGCUUGAUUGUACAGAAAGUACUCUUCCUUCUAUUCUAGGUAAUAUUCAUCAUUCUAGACAAAUUCUGUUGAUACUUUUGUUCUUGCUUUUCAUAAGUGCACCCUGAACUAAUAAUAUAAGAUGGUCCUUCAGAAGCUAGCCAGUGAAUUACAUUUGUAGAAACUUAUAAAUCCUUAACUUCUGCAAUGACUUCUUAAUUAUUAUUUUCCAUCUAAACCAAUCAGCUUUUAAUUAUAAGAACUAGUUAGCUUGUGAUCUUUCCCAUGUUUAUAGAAUUAUUUCUUUGAAGACAUUCUAUAUCUGCUAUGUUGAGCUACAGAAGUGUAAGAGGCUUAAAUUUUGACAUACUCAAUUAAAAUUUUUUAAAAUGGCAUUUAUAAACAAAAGGGUUUUUUGUCAAGAAAAUAAUUUCUCUUGUCAUACCCUUUUGUGAUGAUCAUUUUCAGGAUCAUCAUUCAUUCCUACAAAUUUAUUAAUGUCUUUAUUUUAAAACAUUUUUUAAAAAAGGAAAAACCCUGACCUAAACCUGCUCUUACCUGAAGACACUACUCAAGUUUAAGGGUUACAAUGUUGAAUAAUAGGCUUUACAUUUUAAAAAAAUUAGAAAUUUAGCAUGAUUGGACUUACUCAUCUUCCUCAGAUGUUGGAUUAGCAGUCCUAUUGAAGGAGUACAAUUUCACAUGUCAGUGAGUAAUUUCUUAUAUUUUCAUUAAAAGAUACCUGAUUUUAACCAGGCGGGUUAUGAAGUAGAGCCAUUCCCACCAAGUAUAAGUGCAGUGGCCGUUUCUUAUGUCUUUAAAUAUUUUUUAUUUCACUAUCUGUAGUAUUUUCUCAUGUUCAUUUACUGAUGUACCAUUACUUAAAUUGUUUAUUUUUAAAUUUCUAAACGUAGUCCUCUUAAAAGGGCUCAAUUAUAUUUCUGCAAGGUAGGAGUCUAGUAUAAAUGUAAUAAAAUGAUACUUUAAAACGAAUUUCCCUGUUUCAAUCUGGGGUUUAUGAUGAGUUGUUUUUGUUGUUUUUUAAAUAAACUUUCAUUGGUGGUUUUGCCUAAAGACUGAUACAUUAUUUUGAAAAUAAAACCUAAAGCCAUUUAUCAUUUUUGGCCCAUAUUUCAUCAGGUUGUAUUUACUAACUAAUAAUUAGAAUCUCUU